AUGGCGGAAAUCGAGAACCGCGGCCCGCAGCUGGUGGCCGUCGGCAUAACGCUCGUCACAACAGCCAUCGUGGCAACGACUCUCCGAUGUUAUGUCCGACUGUUCCUCGUCAAGAACUUUGGAGUCGACGACUGGUGCAUGCUUGCCGCCAUUACAUCAUUCAUCCUCUUCGUGGCAUGUGCGAUUACGGGUGUGCAUUACGGAACGGGUCGACACAAGGUGAAUCUCACCGACGAUCAGUGGUCAACCGCCAUGAUGUUCUGGUGGUACUGCUACCUGUGGUACUGUUUGUCGAUGAUCGCGUCUAAAAUUUCCAUCGGCUACUUCCUCCUCCGAAUCACGGUCCGCAAGGUCGACGUUUGGAUCAUUUACAGUGUCAUGAUGAUGACGGUUUGCACCGGCGUCGUGUUCUUCUUCGUCACUCUCCUGCAAUGUCAACCGAUAUCUUAUUUCUGGAAUAACACGACCCAAAGUGGCCGCUGCAUCCCCGUGGAUGUCAUCAUCGCUCUCACCUACCUCUACAGCGCCUUCAGCGUCAUCUGCGACUUCACAUUCGCCAUUUUGCCCAUGGUUCUCAUCUGGAAACUGAAGAUGGACCACAAGACCAAGCUGGCUCUUGUCCCAAUUAUGGCCAUGGCCUGCAUUGCCAGCGCUGCCGUCGUUGUGCGCAUGCCAUUUGUCAAGGACUUCAAGAAUCCAGACUUCCUUUAUGCAACCGUCGAUAUUGCAAUCUGGUCCACCACUGAACAGGGUCUGGCGAUCACCGCAGGUAGCCUUGCAACGCUCCGCCCACUCUUCCGACUCGUAGGAUACAGACUCGGCUUCACAUCCAUGGGACCCUCGCAACUCCACGAUUCCGAACGUGGCGCCCCAUCUGCCAUGGGCGGCAACAUCAAGAACAUCAGCAACAGUAGUUCAAGCCGGGGCCAACGGCGCGGUCCUUUCAGUCUCACCACCUUCAUGUCCAAGGAUGAAAGUGAGAGUCAUGAGAUGGGCAGUGGCAGCGAACAAGAUCGAAACCAGCAGCAGAAGAUGUCUUCAAGUAAGCGCGCUCGCGGCUGGGAGUCUACAGGGAGGCGGGAUAAUGAGAGCGAGACCGAACUAACUUUCGAAGCCUCAAAGGAGUCGGUGGGGAGUGACCGCGACAACAUAGUCGUUGUCCAAACCUUCUCUUUGCGGGAAGAUCGAUUGUAA